GCCGCCGCAUCAUUUUUCAGAGCAGCUGUCCCCUCCCUCCCUCUCUCUUUCUCUCACCCACCCCGUCCUCGCCUCUUCUCUCUCCGUUACCCCCUCUGCUGUUCGCACCUCCGUGGGAAUGCAGAGGAGGGUAGACGACUUGCAGAAUCAUCUUUUUUAAAUAUGUUUUAUAUAUUUUUAUUUCCUCCCAUCAUUAAGACAGGGAUUUGAGACCUAUGGGAAAUAAUCCGAUCGGGGGUGGCCAGCGCCUGGAGACUGGACCUGGAUCAGCUGGAUUUUGCCAGCAACAAACAUCUCCACCUCAGUCUGAUUAGCAGAUCGCUUCAGAUCCGCGCUGAGCUGCCUUGUUUCAGUUUUCGUGUCUCUCACCCAGCUUGGAUUAAUUAUUACGGUCAUCUGAAACGAGUGGUCCUGGACUUUUAGAUGAAAAGUUGAAAUAGCCUGCAAAGACAAGUGAAAACGGCAAGGUUUUUUCUUCUGCAUAUAUUUAAAUAAAUAGAAUAAAAUGAACUCGUAUGACAUCUAGGAGCCAAAGAGGUUUGCAUUUUUAAGGACCCCCAUGCGGCCGAUAAUCAUCUAAUAUAUAGAGGAGAAGGCUGUAGGCUCGUCCUGGCUGGCUUGUUGUUGGUCUUAGUGCGCUCACAUUCACAUGGAUUUACAGCUCCAGUCUUAAGGAUCGAUAUAAACAUAUUUGGGACGCCUUUGUAACAGUGGAGUGAAGCUUUCUCGGAUUUAUCAUCGCGUCAUUUGCACCGAACUACGGUGAAGCGCCCCUUUCCCCUCCUCACCCCCCUGCACCGUCAUCUUGCUUGGCUCACCUGUCCAUAACCUGUAUGCUCCUGGGAAGUUGGAAUAUCAUCAUGCAUUUGUGCUUUUGUGCGUGAGCGUUUGUGUGUGAGUGUGUGUGUGUGUGUGUGUGUGUGUGAGAGAGUUUGGUUUCUUGUCCGCCAGAGGGAGUGUAGGUUAUUUUGCUUUUGAAUGCAUUUGAGUGCAGUGCUAGCUUUUAAUUAAAACGUGACUGUGAGAGGGUGUGUCUGCUUGGUUUUACAUAUGUGCAUGUAGGUAUUCAAGCUAUAAACAUACUGUGCAUAAUCGUCUAAAAUGUGCAGCAUUCUUUCUGCACCACAUCUUCUUUACAUAUGCCUGUGUAUCAUCAGGCCACCUGUUUGACAUCCCCAACACUCUGAGAGACAAAAAAAAGUGGUGGCAGGAUGAGUGAACACUCUGGUGCAAGCACUCUGGCAGCCAUGACGCUGGAGGAGCCAGGGGCGGAACAAGCGUCCCCUCGAGCCCCAGGCCCCCUCCGCUGUGGCCCGUGUGCUGUGUGGCCUCGCCAGCAGACAUGGCUGUGUGCGGUACCUUUGGUGAUGGGAUUUGUGGGAUUGGGACUCAGUCUGAUGCUGCUAAAAUGGAUUGUGGUUGGCUCUGUGCAAGAUUAUGUCCCCACGGAUCUGGUUGAUCCCAAAAGUAUCAAUGGCCAAGACCCCAUAUUUCUUUCAAAACCCAGUGCCAUGCCCAAGGGGCCUGACAUUUCCACGGCUACCACUUUAGCCGCAUCUGCAACGGCACUGGUGUCAACAACCACGCUGCUUGCAGUUGACGGUACUGUCCCAGCGCCAAGAACUCGAUCCGGUCCACCAGCAAACCAUUCUGCAAAUGGCAGCAACUCCAAUGGGGACGGCAACCGAGCCCCCCACCUGCACAACCGAGUCGGCACCCGAGUCAGCGGACUACCAGUUACCACCUCUGCCACCCGUCUCACCCCUUCGCCCAGUGGUAAGGAGGUCACACCUCGCAGUACUGUCAGGAAAGGAAGCAGCACUGCCAAUGGACGCAACAGCGCUGCCAACUCAAAACCAGGACAGACUCCUCCUACCAUCACAACCACAACAUCCACCACCAAGACAGCUACUGCUAAGGGCACCACCAAGGUACAGCCACCCACAACCUCCCAGUCGGCAGCCCCGAUGAAGCCCACAUCCCGCUGGAACCAGGGGCGCCCAGCGAAAGGCCCAGCCACACGACCACACCACCGCUUCAGAACACCACUUGCCCCAACACUUCCAAGUGUACGUUCAGAGGUCUUUAAGCCCUGUGUGGAGGAUAAGGACCUCGCCUUCUGCCUGAAUGAAGGAGAAUGCUCCAUCAUCGAAACCGUGGCUGGGGUUCACAGACACUGCAGAUGUAAAGAGGGCUACCAUGGACUGCGCUGUGACCAGUUUGUACCCAAGUCUGACGCCAUCUUGUCUGAUCCAACAGACGAACUUGGGAUCGAGUUCAUGGAGAGUGGUGACACCUACCAGAGGCAGGUGCUGUCCAUCUUCAGCAUUGCCUCAGGGAUCUGUCUUCUUGGAGUGGCAUGCAUGGCUCUCUACCGCCGCAACAAAAGACACCGGGAAAAACUCCAGGCUCACUUCUCCGACAGCCGCAGCUUGAGAGAGUGCAGUGUCAACGCCUCUGGCCUCAUGUCCAAGUCCGCUCCCAGGACUCAAUACAGCCUCCAUCUUCAAAACGUUUGCAGCUCUCAUGGAUCAUCUCUUGAGGGCAACAGUAUGGCACCAGGCUCAUCCACAGUCACCCCACCUAUUCUGAGCAAAGCGCUGUCGAAAGGGAAAUGCUUCAGGAGUAGUUCCCUAUCACUCAGCCCAGCCAAACAGCGAAGAGAGGUCAACCACUUCAGGACCCCACCCAUUUCCAGAGAGAAACACAAAAUAUCGACAAGUCUAAUUGACAGCUCCAGGGUGGCUGGGCAUGUCUACAAACACCUGCAGGAGGAUGACUCCAGAGACAUGGAGCCCAUAAGAAGGUGUGAUUCAGCUAGCAGAAGGGUUGGCACACUCCUCAGUAGGACCUCUCUUGCUAACAUUACUGCCAGAAAAGGAUGGACCGAGGUCCCGUGCACCCGACUGGACAAGGGGACAACAUUCCUGCCACAUUCCCUGCGUGCUCGUUCUGUGCCUAUCAUCCCAUCACUCCAAGCAUGUGACCCUGAGGCCGAACCUGCUCACACAAAUAAGCGGAACCAACCAGGGCUCCUAAAGUGGCACCCGGCGCUGUCAGGGGAGCUGGCAAAGCCCACCAGCAAUUCUCCCCCUCCGCUUGGGAAUGUCUUGUUGGAGACAGACAUUUCAGCCUGCAGCAAUAUCCUCCCUGCCGCCACACGUGCUCUGCUGGGAUCUGAGAAGAAUCUUGCAAAGGCAUCCUGCUCUGCUGAGUUCACAGCAGAAAUUGUGCAAGAUUUGAAGCAGAAAAGCCUUUCUAGCCUACAGAAAAUGUCUGGAUCUCACAGUAAGGGCCAUCACGAUAGCACAAACACUCUUGAGGCUGAGGUGGAGACUGUACCGGAGUCAGAGGGAAAAGGUAUUAAAUAUUUAGCAGGAGCUGUGCACACGGGAAGUGAAACCAGAGGUGUGAAGGUAGUGGGCCAAAGAGAAGUCCCGGGAAAGUGCCAAGGUCAGACAUCUCUCCCAAACAGAAGGGCAAGCAGCUUUCUGGCCACCAAUGGAACCAGCUGCAGAGGAACUGGAAACACUUAUGCCAAGCCCUCUCCGAGCUGAUUGGAUUAACGUUCUAAAGCUUCAAAGACACCAUUUCUAAUAACUGGAUACCUUUGCUUGUGGCUCGGGAUGGGUAGACUGUGGGACCAUCUGUGUGGCCACAUGGACCAGCAACAGAUGGUGAUAAAUUCUGAUGGAAGAUUAACAGAGUGAAUUGUUGUUGAGAUUAAACAAAUGAAGAAAAACUUGACAUAAAAGACAUGAAACCACAAGGAGACAAACAAACACACAUUGUGAAUAAAUGUGACUCAAUAAGAAAAACUAAAGCGGGACUCGAGUGGAAGCUUGAUUUAAACAGUGUUAUGAAAAAAAAAUCACUAUUUAAAAGAGCUUCUACUUAGAAACCAAAAUAGUGUGUCAUCUCUAUGUUGUUUCUCUAUUGUAAAGAAAUGAAAUUAUAUAUGUCAUAUAAUAUAUGUCAUAUAGGCGUAUAUAUAUUUGACAUACAAUUGUGACAAAAUAAAGAAUAAGAUAACAGUGUUAA